AUGAACCAGCGAAAAAUAAUCUGCACAACUGUGCUGCUCGUGUGGUUCCAUUCGCAACAUACUGUUGGUGCGGCGCCGGAAGAAACAGUGGAAUUACCGGUCAACGAUAGUGAGCUGGAUGCACGUGCAGGACCGUUUGAUGUUCGACCUACGCUUCCGACGACAACUGCCAGCGCUAAACCUUCCUCGACGGAAUCUCAGCCGCUUGGUGGAGCAACCGGUCUGCUGGGUGGAGGCGGUCUACCGGAACUAGUACCCGGCGGGCAACCAGCGGGCGCUCCGGCAACGCCUCAGUCCGCGUUGAUACUGGGAGCUUUUCAAGCCAUCAUUACACCCUUCAAUCCGGGCAUGCUUGGUUCCGUUAUAGGGGCACUAGGGGGUGGCGGUGGAAACAUCGGUGGUGGAGGUGGUGGACCACCCAGUCUACCUUCCUUUCCCAUUGGGUCAAAACCUCAGACGUAG